AUGGCAGACCCCGCCCAAUCGCAUGGUCGCGGAGCCCAGAACUUCCCUUCCGCGCAAAAUGUUCGCAGCCCACUUUCGCCAGGCAGCGGUAGUGGUAGCGGAACCCCGAUCUCAUUCCAAACAAACGUGAACCGAUCCAAAACAAAACGUUGGGUGGAAGCGAAGAAAUAUACUUAUGAUGGAGGUGACUGGGGUAGCGACGAUGACGACGAAGAGGAGGAGGAGGCGCCGCCUCCCGCGGUACCUCGGCCUCCCUAUGCCACCCACAACACUGGCAGUUCGUCCGAGUUGUCCUCGAGGCGUUUGUCCGGCAUCGGAUUCGGAGCUGGUGAGUCGCAUUUGGCUGAUGGCAAGAGUAGGAGCUUUAGUGGAGGAGACCAGAAGCCCCUUCCCUUUGUAAGGCCGGCCGACCUCUAUAAACGCAUGCGCGAGGAGAAAACGGCUCAGCAGCCUCCUAUCACUGGUAGCAAUGACCCCAAGCCUGAUGAGUUUGGAGCUGCGCCCGACACAAGUCAAGAGAGCCCUGCUUUAGGUCUACCGGAAGUCAGGCGCAUGUCUGGCUUUGGUACUGAUUUCUUGGAUGGUGCAGACGCCAACCUGCCAAAGGAUAGCUCUACAUCUCAGGAGGCCACUUUGCAUCACAACCCCUCGGCGGGAUUCCGAUCGGUAGUGAAUCAGGCCUUUGAUGUUCCAGAAACUCCACAAUCCACUACCACUAGUGUCGCGCGGACGAACAGUGAUACCACUUCGACGAUCAGCCCUAUCAUCGGCGGUCGUACUCUGACUGAUGAAAGAACACCAACCAUUAUCGAAGAGCCUCAUGAGUCGGGCUCUCCGAAGGCAACUGCGACUGCGGUUCCAGCAUUUAACCCUGGUCAUCGCCGGGACCUGAGCCUUCCUAGUUCAGACAACAGCCCUUCGAGAAAACCUCAAGUCACAGACCUGGACACCCCAACGGCAGGCCAUGCAGAACUGUCCUCCAUUCCUCCACUGCAGAAUUUCUCGCCAGAAUCACCUGAUACGGGAAUCUCUCCUCAGAACCCAUCGAUGCAACCUUACUCGAACAAUGGGCAUGAUAUGCCUGCCCCUCUCAAAUUUGGAAGCGCAUCGGGCCCUGAGACCUUCCAUCCCGAAAUCCCAACUAUCAUGGGAGCUGAAGAAUCACCGCAGAAUACUGAUAAUGAUCGCUUGAGGGAAGAGAUUAUUCGAUCGUUAAGUCGGGAAGCCACCCCCUCGGAGGACCCGGAGCCCAGCAACCAAACUCAGCCGCAGGCACCUGCUGAGUCCAUCUCACGCCAGUAUGAGAAAUAUUGGGAUGAUCAGAGUGGGCUUGGUCCGAAUGAAGAUCCCAGGGCUAUGGUUUCUGAAAGCCACCCGGACUUGACUAUCCCACCUCCUCUGCCGUCUAGAGACCCCUAUGCGAACAGCCAAGGCGCAACCGGUACAAAUUCAUCUAUCCCGCCUCCUUUGCCGUCCAGAGACCCAUAUGCGAACAGUCAAGGCGUGACUGGUAACCCUUCAUCUACGAUGGUUGAUCAGCCAAAGAAGCCUAAGUUAGAGAGACGGUUCUCAUGGGAAUCCUCCGACGAAGAACCAGAGCCGCCUCAAAUUCCCGGCAGCUAUUCAUCGCCUGCUUUGGCCACAUCGUUGUCCACGCAAGAGCCUGAGCCCACUCAACUGCCUGGCAGCUAUGUAUCGCCCUCUACGCAAGAGCCUGAGCCUACACAGGUGGAGACCCCAUUGGUCUCAGAGGUGUCGCGCGACAAGCUCACUUCUGAUGAUGAAGGGUCCGAUACCCAGAAUGCUGCGGCAAAGCCUCGACUUUCGAUUGUUCCACCUAUUCCGGAGAACACUACACCUCCGGAGCAAGUUAUGGGACCAGGAACUACGCCACCUCCACCUCCGCAAAUCCCGCCACGCCAAGUCUCUAAUGCCGGCAGAUCAUCCGUCGAUGAGUCUCAACUUUUGGGUUUCCGUGACAUUCUCGGGAUCACAUCUAUCAACCAGCGUAUCAAGUCUUUCGAACAAACCCGUGACCAGUUCGCCACCAUUGACACUGGUUUGAAUCAUUGGCUGCAAUUCACAGUUCAUGAGCACCCCGAACAUGCCGGCGUUGUCCAACAGACCCAGAGUUUGUCCCCUACCGCGCCACCAUCAGAUCAUUCCCGCAGUAGGUUCCCUAAGUUGGGUGCUCUGGGGAGUCUCGGCUCCUUAAACGACGGUACUCCGAUUGGCGGUGCUCAUAUGAGACGCCCGUCGGCCCAUCUGGGUACUGUGAUGAACAAGGAGAAAGUCGGGGAGAAAGGAAAGGAGUUCCUCCAUACUGCGGGAGCGUUUAGUGGGAAGGCAACUGGGGCUGCCAAGGGAUUCUUUGCCAAGGGCAAAAGCAGGUUCCGACCCGGUGCAGGGUCUGAGAAGGUUCAGUCAGCCCCAAAUGCUUCUCGCCGCAGCUUUCAGCUCUCCUUCCCUUCAGGGUCGGGCGAAGCAUCUGGUAACUCUUCUCUACGCAACUCUGUCACGCUUGGCAGUCUGCCCAUCUUCAGAUCCGAGCGAUCCGGGCUCCACUCUGAUCCUGAUCCUGAUCCACAGGGGGUCAGUUUCUGUUUAGAUCGCCAGGAUGAAGCCGCCAAAGAUGCCAAGGCGACCAACUCGGGGGAUAACUACAUGUCGCACAACCCUGUUGGCGGAACAACUGUGCAACCGAAGCAACCGCCAUCUUCCAACGAUGUCACUCAUAAGCCUGAAGUUCCCCAAAAGCCCGCCUUUGCUGGAGAUUUCGAGCAAGAGAUGAUAUCUGCGCUUGGUCUUUCGCCUAUGGAUUCUCAUCAUCGGAGGUCGGCAAGUACCCCGAUGGCGUUGAAUGCAUCUAGCCAGGUAAAUGGCGGGAAACGGCAAUUCACAGAGCCCCUGCCGCAACAGGGAGGAAGCACCACUGGCAAUAAAUCCGAAGCUGGAGCACCGGCGAACAAAGUCCCAGUCGCAAAAAAGAGUCUGCCAGUCAUUCCUGAUGAGCCCUUCCAUGUCCAUUUUCCGGUUGUGAUCAGCCCGACGCAUCAGCCAACCAAGUCUACACCGGAGAUUAUUACUCCGUCAAUCCGGCCAGUGUUGAAUGAAAGCCCUAAGCCGCCUUCGCCUCCUCCGAAGGAUCAUGAUAAUGGGCUUGCACCUACCCACGAUCAUAGGCGCCAGUUUUCUGUCUCAACACUUGGAGCUGAUGAGCAACCUGGACGUGCAUCUGAUGAGGAACUUGACAGGGAACCGCCUUCUCCUUUGCAAGCGACAGCAAAUGAGGUAGUACCAAAACAUCAAAGUAAGGCUGAGGAUUCUGUUGAUAAGGCCUCUAGUGGCCCUCCAUCAUCUUCUCAACAGAAGAGAAGGUCCUUCGUACCUUUCUAUCCGUCAGAGUUCAAAAACUCUGCUGAUGUCCUCGAGUCCAAAAGAAGAUCGAUCAGUGGCUUACCUCCAUCUGCUCCAGAAGUACAAAGCCCCUUGAGAAAUGAAGUCAGAUACUCGCCAGGAACCCGAAGCAGUAUGCUGAGCUUUGGUAGCUUUGGAAAGCAGAGCGCUAGCGGCAAAGGGACUCGUCCAUCCACGCCUGCCAAUGGUAUUUCACAACCUUCGGAAUCUGGAUCUCCUGCAGAGAGUGGGCAGUCUACUGUUGAAAAACUGAAAGAUUUCGGGAGACGACGGCGCGCUUCGGUGGGAGAUCUCCUCUCUGGUAUUCAACCCCAAGGGCCUCAGGAGCCUCAGGGGCCCCCGGCAAGCCCGCGCAGACGAACAUUCAGCAGGAUUAGCGGACUAUUUGGCCGGCAAGCCUCUCAAGAUCCUGAGAUAAAAUCGACCAUCCACAAAAGGACUGCCUCAGAACAGUUACAGAAGCAAUAUCCGCCGACACCCCCGUCGAAAAAUGCAAAUGUAAAUAUUAGUUCCGCUAUACAUGAUGAACCACCGGUCCUCGGCAAUCCGUUUGAACAAAAGCCUUUGCCAACUCGGCCCCCCGCGCCGACGGCACCUCCACCACCACCACCGAGCGACACAAGACCUCAACCCCGUGAUACUCGUCAACGUACCAGUAUAUCACUUCCAACCAGUUCUUCAUCCAGCUCCCUGACAGCUGGUCGGUUCUACUCGCAGUUCCAGUCCGGAUCCGCGAGUGAAACCCCCACGAGCUCUCGCCAUGGUAGCACGCUCAGCCAGCCUCCCCCAGGUCAUUCUCGGUCACCGUCUCCCAUGUCACUCCACGAGAAUAAAGCUGCCGCUCCGUUGUCAUCGCUAGAGAAGCUAGAAAGUCACCAGAUACAUCAACUACAGAAAGAGGAGCAGCAAAAGCAAGAAACUCAGCAAGGCACUUUGAGUGAGAACCAGGAGAAGGAGAAACAUGAGGAACACAAGGACCGCGUGGUUGGAGACAGCCUUCGACACGAACUAUAUGGGGAGAUAUCCGAGGCUCCGACAAACCAGCAGAACCAUCCAGAUCAACAACACGAAUUAGAAGGCAGUCUCAAACAACAAAGUCUCGCUCCUCAACUCAGCAUUCGAUCCCGAAAACCAGUGGGUUCAAACCCGGCAUUCGCAGCCUUCGAGAACAACGCACCACGCAACAUCGCCGUCUCAAGCGCCUCCGCGAUAUCCACGCAUCCUCACCGCAGUGAGGACAAGACCCGUGUAGUCAAUGACACACCUCAGCCAGUAGAACUUGCCAUCACCGCGGACGACUCCAGCGAGGAGAUCGUCAUGUCCCCCACGUCCUACCCUGGACAGGAGUGGACCCCCAUGCACUUGUAG